GUUGACGUAGCACAGUUAGCUAGCUAAAAAUUUGACAAAGUUCUCUCUGCUAACAUCCUUCCCGCUCUUCCAUUAUUCUGCGCAACCGCAACCGCAACCGCCAGCCCGCCACCGUCCCAUUCCGCGACGCAAUUCCACCGGCGAUAACAGCGCCUCGUCUUCAAACAUGGAAACCUCUUCUGAUCAGAGCUCUACUCCCGGUCGUGACUCUAGUAAAGCAAUUUUUCCUCAUGACCCUACUGGUCAUACCUCUACUGCUUCCACCUCUUCUGCUCCCACCUCAAGCUAUUCCACUGUGGUGACCAUCACCACCACCAACAAUCACUCCGCUCUGGCUCCAUCACAUGUCAACAUUCCUCCAGUGCAACAUCCUAUAAAUAUUCCAUCUUCUCCACCUCAGCUGAACGCUUCAUCUUCCAAUCCCCUAGAAAGAUGUUCUAACCUGGAGAAGGAGCUGAUGCAAUUUCUGAAAGAAUCUAAUGAAUUUGCUAGUGCCAAGGACGCUGACGAAGCAAUUGGAUGGUUGGCAUCAAACUUGGUGGUUGGACUAGGAGUUUUUUGUGGAUGCACUUUCUUCAGAGUUCCGGGAUGCUCUAAUACAAGCUUUAGAUAUUCACUAUAUUCAGAAUUAAUGAUGUUUCUAGCUGCAGCAUUGAUGUUCAUAUCUGUAAUGGUGAGGGUGUGGCGCAUCCAGGAUACAAUCCAGCAGCAAGCUAGGGCAAGAGAAAAAAUCAAAACAAAGAUAAUAAACCUCAAGGAUGAUCUGAAUAACCAGAUUCAAGGUGACAUUUUGAAAAGAGUGAGGAUAAUGGAGAAAACGGCGAACGGGAGGGACUGUAGUACUUUUUACAGCUGUGCCGCACUUGUUUUGUUUCUGAUGGUAGCAUUCCUGCCGUUGGUGUAUUUCAUCAUGAGUUGUCCAGGUAAUAACUUUACGACAUUUGUGUUUUUAUUUUUUUUGUUUAUUUUUGGUGAAAAUGUAAGCCUUUGAUAGAUAAAACUUUCAAUAACAAAUUUACAAACGAAGACUAUUUUCUAUAGUCAUCUGUUUCAGUAGACAUCCGCUUGGAAAGAAUUCCUGGACUGCACCUACCAUAUUUCAACUUAUUGUCUUCAAAGUAUUCCAGAAAAGCUUCCAAAAUCAUCCGGUCCUGGACUUCUGUUGUGUUAUACCCUAUCCUCUGCUGGAAUAAGUCUGAUUAAACUCAUUUGCUGCUCCUUAGUCAGUCUAUGCCCUUGCUGGAAUACAUUCCACUCAACAUGAGUUCUUGUAGUUUGUUGUCCCAACUGCUGCUGGAAGAAACUAAGGAAGUGUUCCUGUAUUUCUUUCCAAUCAUUCACUAGCACUCACGCAUGGCUUUCUGUUUUAAUUUUGAACAAAAGUAUGUUGAGUUUCAGUCCCCCAUCUUUACCAAUCCUCAGAUUUCUGGAUUAGAAAGCUUUCCACAGCCUUAAUGAUUCUAAAAUACUCUGUACUGUUCUCUCUUUCUUUUUCCUGAGCUUCAACAUCAUCAGGGUUCAGGUGCAAGUGAGCUUAGGCAUUUACUAACUGAUCAUAAACAACCUGAGCUCUAUCUUGAAUCGUUGAAAAUUUGUCUCUGUUAAGUUUCUUUAAAAACGAUUCAGUCUCUUCAUGUUCUUUGUGAGCUGAUACAUCCUUGUUCCACUAAUGGGUUAUUCCAGCUGGUUUCUACUAUUGUCUGAAGUGUAGGCUCCAAGCUCCACAUAUUAAAAUUGGUGAAUGGCCUAGCCAUCUUCUCAUCUCUUUUCAUCUGCACAAUUAUUUUGAAUGUUGCCAAUUGCUAAGAUACAAAUGUAAUUCUGA